CUGUGUGCUGUGGUCCUCCUGAACAAACAAAAGAAGAAUAAGCGUAAUCAAGUCCGAUUAAAAAAAGAGAGAGAAUUAUAAAUAUUUGGAGAAUUAUCUAAAUCUACACUGCCAAAGAUAAUUUAAUUAUUUUGAACACUGCUGAUGGCUCUGAAAAUAAUCAACAAUCAUUUAGCAAUAUCAUGCCGUUAUCUAUCCUAAUCAAUUAAACUUGUUGAUGUGCUAUCUUUAAUUACAAUAGCUCAAGACCAUGGAAGAAUUUAUAUCACAAUAAUAACCAUGAACAACCUAGUUUUGAGAGCAGAGAGAAUAUUCAUAAAUAGGUGAAAUUAUUAAUUAUGGAAGAAUAUGAUGGCGAAGAAUCGGAUUUAACAGAACAAAGUUUUCACAACAAUGUCAGGGAGCAAAUUAUAUUUCUUCUCCUUUUUCUGCUCCUCUAUCUUUUGAGUUUUGCCUUGUUAGGCCGGUUCAAGCGCACAGGUAGAGAAGAUUAUUUCAGCAAUGACGAAGAUGAAGUGACAGUUUACAGGUUCAGCACUUGGCUGUGUACCUUUUCAUUGGCAGUUUCAAUUGGGGCUGUGUUGUUAUUACCUGUAUCUAUAGUUGCCAAUGAGGUAUUGGUAAAUUAUCCCAAUAGUUAUUACAUAAAAUGGCUGAAUUCUUCUCUUAUACAAGGUUUAUGGAACUAUGUGUUUCUUUUUUCCAAUUUAUCCCUGUUCAUUUUCCUCCCUUUUACCUACCUGUUUACAGAAUCUGAAGGAUUUUUUGGCCAUCGAAAAGGCAUACUGUCAAGAGUAUAUGAAACUUCCACUGUCCUAGCUCUGUUGGGAGUGAUUGUUCUUGGGCUAACCUAUGUUAUUUCCGCACUCAUUGAUAAAGACAACUCCAGUAUACAAACAAUAUUAAAUCUGUGGACAUAUUAUUUGCCAUUCCUUUAUUCAUGCAUAUCAUUUCUUGGAGUACUGAUACUUUUGGUAUGUACACCUAUAGGUUUUGUUCGCUUAUUUGACGUAGUCGGUCAGUUCCUAAUAAAACCUCAAUUCCUGAGAGAUAUAAAUGAGGAAUACGAUGCAUGUGCCUUGGAGGAAGAAUUUUUGCGUAGAAGACUGAAACAUGCUCAGAAAACGGGCAAAUCAUAUGGGAAUCCAGCAUCAAUGAUAGGCAAGAAUGAUGAGCCAAUACAAAAUGAUGAUUACAAAUUACCUGAUAGUCUGUUUAGAAAUGGAGAGCUCCAAUCAAGACUAGGGAAAAGGUUGACUGAAAUUGAAAAACAACGGAAAUUACUUGAUAAGCAAAGACAUACUUCUUCUCUGAGGAGAAAUGUGAUAUACCCUGUAGCAAUGCUACUCCUUCUUGGUGUUACUAUAUUAGCAGUUCUUCUAGUCCUUCAAAACACGCUGUCUUUGCUCAUUGGAAUGAAAGCCCUACCCAUCAGUUCGAAGCAGUUUACUCUAGGAGUAAGCUCUUUAUCGAAACUAGGACCAUUUGGAGCUGCACUGGAAAUAGUACUCAUUAUUUAUAUGAUACUUACUUCGUCAGUUGGUCUUUAUACAAUACCAUGUAUGAAGCAAGUUCGACCAAAGCCUAAGAGUACUCCGUUUAUUGUUAUUAUUGGUAAUUGUGUGUUACUAUUGAUCAUAAGCUCUGCUUUACCAUUAUUAUCAAAAAUUCUUGGUAUUACUAACUUUGAUCUCCUCGGCGAUUUCGGCAGUAUAGAGUGGCUCGGAAACUUCAAAAUAGUGUUGUUGUAUAACUUAUCAUUUGCUGCAACGUCAACACUUUGUGUCAUCAAUAAAUUCACUGCCAAAGUUAGAAGAGAAUUAUACAAUCGAUUGCUGGUUGUCAUGAAGUUGAACAAACGCCCCCCGUAUUUGUCAACUAUAUCUUUAAGGAAAG